AUGUCGGGACUUCCAAAGACUUUCAAGGCGGCCGUUAUCGAGUCCAAGAGCGCGCCCCUCAAGAUUGUCGACCAGGAACUGAAACAACCAGGUCCCGGCCUCGUCCUAGUCAAAGUUCUAGCAUGCGGGGUAUGCCACUCCGAUGUAGGCAUGGCAGAAGGAGGUUUCGGAGACGUUUUCCCACGGAUCCCAGGCCAUGAGAUCAUUGGCGACGUGGUGGCAGUGGGCGAAGGCGUGAGCCGGUUCACAGGCGGAGAGCGUGUUGGAGGUGCUUGGCACGGAGGGCAUGACGGAACGUGUCGACAGUGCCAAAAGGGGUUCUUCCAAGCCUGUGAUAACGAGACCAUCAAUGGCGUGUUCCGGGAUGGUGGGUACGCCGAGUACGUGCUGCUCCGUGCCGAGUCGGCAGUCCGGGUGCCAAAGGACGUUGAUCCUGCGGAAGCAGCACCACUUCUUUGCGCCGGUGUUACCGUUUUCAACAGCAUUCGCAAGAUGCAAAUCGAGCAAGGCAAUCUCGUUGCCAUCCAGGGUCUCGGCGGCUUGGGUCAUCUUGGCGUGCAGUACGCCAGUCGCAUGGGUUAUAAAGUCGUGGUCCUGAGUUCCGGGUCCACCAAGAAGGACUUUGCGAUGAAGUUGGGUGCGCAUGAGUACAUCGACUCGAGCGCAACAGACCCCGUCAAGGAGCUCAAGAAGCUUGGAGGUGCUGCUUUGAUCCUUGCGACAGCACCCAACCCCAAGAUCAUCUCGCCGCUUACCGGUGGUUUGCAGCCAGGCGGCAAGCUGUGCGUUUUGGCGCCUGUCGGAGGAUUGGAGGUCGACACGAUUGACCUCAUCGUUGGAGGCAAGUCGGUUUGUGGAUGGCCCAGUGGACAUCAGAUGGACUCGGAGGAGGCCAUUGACUUUGCAGCAACACACGGCAUUAAGUGCAUGGUUGAGAGAUUCUCACUGGACGACGCGAAGAAGGCUUCGGAACACAUGAUUUCUAAUAAGGUGCGCUUCCGGAGUGUGCUGGUUAUGGGCUGA